CACCUCACCCGACAACACAGCCUCAAUUCCUGCACCCUAGUGAUUGGUCCAUUGUCAUGUCCCUCUCCACAGUCUGCGGCCACACACCUUUCCCCGUUUCCCGUCUACACUUUUGCUAAUGCAACCCGCCCAAUCAUGAACACUGUUGCUGUGAUCUAGGUGAAAGCAGACCGGAGCAGCAGAAACCUGUCCCGCCUACAACAAGCCUCUCGGCACGUGAAUGAGAUGGCGGCCAAUGUGGUGGCAUCAACAAAGUCAGGACAGGAACAGAUCGAAGACAAAGAUACAAUGGAUUUUUCAGGAAUCUCAAGGAUUAAGCUUAAAAAGCAGGAGAUUGAAACACAGGUGAAAGUACUGGAAUUGGAAAAUAAACUGGAGCAGGAACGAAUGAAGCUUGGAGAUCUUCGAAAGAAACAUUAUGAUCUGGGAGGAACCAACGAUGAAAUAUUGGAAGAUAAACUGCCUUCAAAACCCGAGGUUUCAAGGAAGCCACCACUUUCUCAAAAGCCAAAUAUCCCACCAAAAAAAGAUUCACAGUUAAAUGCAUCGGACCUGGCUUAUGCUUCUCAUUUACGGAACUCUCAAUAAGGAAACAUGAAGGUGGCUGCAUUAUAUUGGAACAGAACAAGACUCUGCAUUCUUUACAAGUCAAGCACAUCGGAUGGCAGUGUCACAUUCCAUAAACGUGCCAGUUUUACUUUUUUGAUGAGCCCCUUAUCGAAUUAAAAUAGUGCAAAGCAAAUUAUAGGAGCUAAUUUCACAUUAAUAGGCAACAUUUCAAAUUGGUCAUGCAGGAUGAAAUGGAAACAGCCGUUCAUUCUAGCCUUUAAUCAGUCCUUCAAAAAAUCAGACAGUUAUUAUUGUUUUUUUAAAUAAAGACUGUUUAGUACACUGUACAUUUACUACUGGGCCAGGAUAUUUGUUUGGUUGCUGGAAUGCAACCUAAAUAAUGAAAGAUUAAGUAGUUUCAGCUUUGCAUAUACUUUUAAAACUACAAUUUCUGGGAAAUGCAGUAUAAAGUAUUUUGUAUGUAUGUGAAAAUUUUAAUAGGUGUGGUGUAUUUAUUAGCAAUAGAACAUAAUUUGCCCAAUGAACAUUUGUCUUCAGCUGUAUUGAAUUUUAUGAGAAACCUAGGAAUUUUAACGUGAAAUUUGAAAUAAACUGAGUAUGUAUAUUAUUUUUGUAUAUCAGAUGUAACUAAAGAUUCA